CAAUUUUGAAAUAUGUCACGUUUGGGAAUUCGAAAAAUUAUAAGCCACUAUCUGAACUCCAAUGAUCGCCACAUAAUGCUCAACAGUCCCAGCUUGCAGUUCGCCAAUGCCAAGCAACUGAGGAAGCAGGAGAAUAGAUCCUUAGACGGAACACCGCGAUCUUCGGUCAUUGCCCAAGUGCCGGCCACUCAGAAAGUCAAGACACCCACUGCAUCAAAGCAGCUGCAGCCAGGUGUAUUGAAGCAGUUUGUGCUAGGGCAACGUCAAAUGAGCAACACGAAUUAUUUUGCUGAUGUCAGGCAGAAUUUCAAUGGAUCGCAUGCCAAGUUGCGUUUGACUUUAAAAGCCGCCAAAGAAAUGGGAGCAACAGAUGUUAGAGCAGCCAGGGAAGCUGGUGGAACUGGAGCAACAACACCGGCGAAAGCAACAGCAAACACCAGUCAGUUGACCAAUCCAGAGCUGCUGCAAUAUUUGAGCGGCUGUUGCAAGCUCUGUGCGGUCUGUGGUCAGCAACGCGUCUCAGUCACCACUGGCAAUAAUGGAAUUUGCGCCGCCUGCAAUGCCCGAAUUCAAGGCGCUCUGGCGGCAUUCAAGCAGCAACAGUCCGCGCCAACAAUCAGGCUAAAGGGAGCUUGCGAUCGCUGCCCACCUCCUUGCACUUGCGGCAUGAGAGCACCACCGGAAGGAUUCCCAGGCGCAGCAGAAAAGCCGCUCUACAAUGAUGCUGGACAGGAGCAUGACACAUCUGCGGCUCCAGCUGCUGCUCAACCUCAUCCCUUCAACAUUAUUGUGCUGCAGGAUUGCAACAAUCACAAUCUGAUAGAUCAACUGACCGCUGCCUUAACAGUGAGCUGUCAACAGCAAAAUCCUGUCGUGCAACAUCCACAUCCUUACAACUCAAUUUGGCAACAGCCUCCUCCCACUUACGCUGAUCCACAGUAUAGCAAUUAUGCCCCAGAUCCACAAAACACCUAUGGCAACAACCCGUCUUACAACCACUCACCAAAUGGACCCUUCAUGUAUGUUGCGAACAACAGCAUCGGUGGGUCACCUCAACUCAACCAUAGUCCACCCAAUGGCAAUAUUUCGAAUGGUUUGCCCCCGCAGCAUUGUCAGUGCGAUCCCGGCAGUACAAAUGGCCAACCUCAGCAUUGCUUUUGCGGUGCAAGUAGCAAUGGAGGCGAACAGAGCUUUGUUUACUGUCCCAACAUUAAUGGUCAACACGAUGAACACAAUAGAAAUUUAUCUACCGAGUCCUCCACUGCAUCGGCAAAAACUGCAGGAGGUGAGCAACUUAAUAACGGAGGACACCCGACCUGCACUUGUAAAUGUGAAGCUUGUCGAAUAGGCUACGAGGAGAGAAUGAAGCUGCCACAAUUAGUAGCCCAGGCUCUGGAAAUUUUCGUAAGGAAUCACAAAAUUGAGGAGAAUGAUAAAAAGCCAUUGGACACAAAAGCAUCGAUUACAUCCAUUAACGGGGACAACGGCAAGAAACCAUUUGAAAAUAACGAAAAGUCCAAGGGAAAGCAUAAGGGCAAAUUCGGUGAUAAGAAAAACAUGAAUGCUAAGGCCAAAGAAAAGUUUGCAGACAAUUCGAAAAACAGAAGUGGAGAAAAGUCAAAGGACAGGACCGUGGACAAAUCAAAAGCUUUUGGCAAGACAAACGACAGAUCGGCGGUAAAGGAAACAUUUGUCGAUAAGUCAAAGGAAAAGUUUACUAAGAAGUCUGCGGAAAAGUCUGGUAACCCACCCAAAGCUAGCAAAGGCAAGUCGAAGAAAAAUAAGGGCAAGCAAAAUGAGCACAAAACCGAAUCGCUCUUCUAUCUGCCACAAUCGAACAACUGCUGUGGCAAACCCUAUUGCCUACCCUGUUGUCUGCCCGCUGGUUCAGGUUCAUGCUGCCAGCGUCGAUGCAAUGGCGGCAACGUUGCUGUUGGUGCUGACGGUGAUCAUCCGAGUCGUGUCAAUUGUGCCAGAAACUGUGGACGUUGCAUCAGCUGUCCCAAUUGUCCGGGCUACUCCAGACCCGCACCGGCGAGAGAUAUUAUUCAUCCCGUGGCACAUUUUCGACCUGGUCAAUUGCAGUAUCCGGCUAGCUUUAUGCUACAGCGUAAUGGCGACUUUGUGCGGCGCAGUCUGGUGCGUACAGCUGCGGGUGUAACGGUGCAUGAGGUGCAAAGAGCCGAGGAAGAGGAUGAGGAUCAGGAGUAUGGGGAAGAGGAUGAGGUGGAAGAGCCAAAACAGCAGCCCCAUCAGCUCAGAUUCCAGUGUCCGAACAACUAUCCGUUCUGGCGUUGAUCAGAAUACAAAUUGUGCAUUAUAUGGCCGACAUAUACACAUAUAUGCGGCAUCGCUAUAAUAUGCGAUCAGAUAAUGCAGAAUUUUUUGAUCAGGUGCCUAGUGGUUUAUAGAGUUUCUAGUCAAAAUUUCCGUACAAACAAUACACAACAUCGAAAAUAAACCGGUAAAG